AUGGCGCAGAGUAAAGCGAUGUUGAACAUGAUCAAAGUAAAACUGGAAUUUAUUACAGAGGAGAAAUCUAGGCUGAUAGCAGACAUUGAUUCAUACGUCAUCAAGCACACAUCUGAAGCCACCGCAGCUUUGGAGAAAGGAUCGUCUGCUGAAGAUGUCAGACAUCUGAGAGACAUCAACUCUAGACUUGACACAGCCCUGCAACUUAUUUUAAAGAUGGGCGAUACGUUUCACAAUGAUGAAAAUGUAGAAACACAGUCUACUGUUCAACCAACUGACCAGUGCACACCAUCCUACAAUUCAUAUUCCAAAAUCUGCGACCAGCGACUUGAGAACUUGGAGAUUACAGCCUCGUUUCAAGACGAGAGCAACCAAAGCAACUCAAAACAAAUAUCGUCAUUAGAGGAAGAAUUUCACGCCCUGGAAAGCGAAAUCCAAAACCUGAAAGCGAAAAACGCGGAACUCGAGAAAGGUCAUGUGACCCGCUUCUCGAAAAUCAUGAACCACAUAUCUGAGUUAGAUGAGAGAACCAAUCAAAUCAAGGAAAGGCAGGAGUCACUUCAUGAACAACAAAAACUCGCCGAGAUAGAUUUCGCCAAUACUUUCGUCUCCAAAUCCGAUUUUACCGAACACACUGAAUGGGUUAAAAAAACAAACCAGACGUUUGAGACGCUGGGUAUGAAAGUGACGUACAACACCGUGGAUCUGAAGGACGUGACAAACACGUGCAAGAACGUAGAGGCUACAACCAAGGAGCUGGCGAGUAAGAUGGCAUUAGCAGACAGGACGAUGCAGAGCUUGAAACAGACCAACAAUGCCGGGGUGACGAGACGCCGAGAGAUGGAGGAAAAACUGACGGCCGUUGUAAAGAAACAGGAAGUUAUGGAGUCUUUUAGAUCCAUGGUGGAGCAGGGAGAUGUUGUUAACAAAAACAUUUACAAACUUAUAGCAUCUAGACUGGAACCACUAAACAAACUGCAGACAAUUUUUAACACAAGCAGACAGUCACCUAGCCGUAUAGAGGUACUGGACAAAAAGGUGAAUGAGCUAAAGGAGAUGUUUGAUGAGCUGAGCACACGGCGAGCAGGUACACCCGAAUCUAGAGGCGCUGGUGUCUUGACGGGGUUCACAGCUUACCUGAAGUCCCCGCAAAGCGUCAAGUCUGAAACUGUUCUGGGCGACUACAAACACAAGCCUACAUUUGGUAGCUACUUCACCGCAUCCAGCGGCGUGUUCACUGCCCCAGUAGACGGGCUCUAUCUGUUUUUCCUCUCCCUAAAGCAAGCCGGCCCAGGGAAAGUUCGGGCCCAUUUGAAAAUUUACCGGGAAGACGACACCGGGACGUUCGUGGUGUGUAAAGCGAUGACCGCCGGGGACGGGUCUUCGACCUGUGGCCUGGGGGUGAGUCACAUGGGGGCAGGGGAUGUGGCGGCGGUUAGAAUAGUGCACGUGGAAGGCGACCCCAAGCUGUCCCCCUACACGAGUUUCUCGGGGUGCCUCAUAGGCCGAGGAACUUGA